AUGACAGACGCAAUCUCAGAAACUUGUCCUGAAAAGGCCACAGAAUCACACGAUACGGCGAGAUCAAUCAAAAUUUCUGACACCACAGGCUUUCAAAACACCAAUAACCCUCUGUUCUCUGUUUUUACUGAGACCGAAAAGAAGUGGAUAAGCUAUGCUGCUUCGUACGCUGCUAUGUUCUCAGGGCUGAGCACCUUCAUUUACUACCCAGCUAUUGUCCCACUGGGUCGAGAUCUCUCUGUCUCCCUGGAACUGAUUAAUCUCACCAUCACAUCGUACCUAGUUGUAGCGGGUGUCGCUCCCGCUUUUAUGGGCGAUAUGGCAGAUCAGACAGGCAGAAGGCCGGUAUACCUUCUCACGUUUUCGCUCUAUGUUGCUGCGAAUAUAGGGUUGGCAUUACAGUCAUCUUUCCCUGCAUUACUGGUCCUCCGAAUGGUGCAAAGCGCUGGAUCAUCAGGCACUUUCGCUGCCGCUUAUGGAGUUAUAGCUGAUAUAGCAACUCCCAGUGAACGUGGGUCGUACGUCGGAAUACUGAUUAUGUUCACAUGCACUGCUCCCAGUCUUGGCCCUGUUCUAGGAGGCAUCCUAGCGGAGAAGCUCGGCUGGAGAUGGAUUUUUUGGCUUUUAGUGAUCAUGUCUGGAGCGCAUCUCAUCAUUCUUGCUUUGUUCUUUCCAGAGACCUCACGAAAGAUAGUCCAUAAUGGAAGCGUGCAGGCACGCGGUAUCCACAGGACAUUGUUUUCCCUUCUCGCCAGAAGAGGAUCACGAUCUGAUAAAUCUGAAGGGAUAAAACCUUCAGAGGGAUUAAUGAAGAGAAAAAUUCGCAUCCCAAACCCGCUGACAAGCAUUCCAAUCUUGUUCCACAAGAACUCCCUUGCUAUAAUUUUGGUGGGCUCCAUAUACUACACCGUAUCCCGCACACUGGGUGCCUCUCUAUCAGCCCAAUGUAUCGAGAUAUAUGAUCUGAACUAUUUGGAAGCGGGAUUAGUGUAUUUGCCCACUGGGUUGGCGGGCAUGAUAUCGUCUUAUUCUACCGGGAAAUUGCUUGAUAGAGAUUAUAAACACGUUGCAGCAAAACUCGGUCGCGACACUAAUUUACGGGUGGGGGAGGAUAAUGAUGACUUUCCAGUCGAGAAAACUAGACUUAGGAGCGUGUGGUAUCUGAUCAUAAUUAGUUCUGCGGCAACUUUGGGUUACGGUUGGGCGCUUUAUAAAAGAGCUCAUAUUGCUGUCCCUCUAGUCAUGCAAUUCCUCAGCGGACUCAGCAUCACGAGUAUUUUCACAGUACAUAUGUGGAACCCUACUUACCGAUCUCAACUCAAAUAAAUCCUCCACGGCGCAGGCCGCCUAUAACCUUGUCAGAUGCGUUGGUGCGGGAGGAGGCGUAGCUGCACUCCAACCGAUCAUCAAUGGCGUCGGCUUGGGCUGGGGGUUUACACUCUAUGCAUUCUUUUGCUUGACCAGUGUGCCUGUGUUAUGGAUUUUACAGACCAAAGGUAUGAAGUGGAGAGUUUCAGGUAAAGAAGGAUAGGGAGGUAUAUUUUAAAACGGCAUUCAAACGGAUCCAAACAGAGGAAUGACGUCAGUAUAUGUCUUAUUGGCGUUGUGGGUUCCCACAGCGAAUUCUUCGCAAACGCCCUUCAGUUGAUAGAAGUCUUUGCUGCUUCCCCUUUUUUAUCCGCCCCGAAG